AUGGCCUCCGCAGAAACCUGCCCUCUUAACGCCCCGCACCCACCCCAAGAGGGCUCUAUCCACGCCUUCGAACACCUCCUUCCUACCAUUAAAAGUAGUCUCAUUAAGUUACGUCAUAAGCACUCCAAGCACUCGCCAGACUAUUUCGCCGCCGUCGAGAGCGUGUCAGAUGCGGAUCUAGUUGCGUUUGGAGUCGAGGAUCUGGUGUGUGUGAGGGUUGGGACUAGCUCUUAUGGACUCCACAUAUUCGGAAAAGUGCGGCUUCCAAAGACGCACGGUGGGUAUAUCCACAUCAGGAUGUUUGUGGGCGGAGGCGGAGACGGGGAGGACGAGAAGACAUACAAGCUCCAUGGCAUCUACACGGAGGAGAAGGAGGACGAGGAUGGGCGGAAGUGCUAUAGGGCCAUUAUGGGCGAGGCGGAUGAGUUGGAGUGGUUUAAUGAGUAG